AUGCUUGCUUUAACCGUUCUUGCAGCAAGCCGCCUUCCAGAAAAUACCACAGUUUUCUUCAAGCACUACCGUGACCAGUUCUUAGUUCCAUACUUCAAGAAGGCCGACAAGGCAACAGCAAAAUUCCAACAAUAUCUUAAGGAACCAGCUUUCUUCCAGGAAGUUGUUUUCCCAAGAAUCCAGAAAGAAUUAUUCAAGGCCAUUAAGAACCAAACAAUCCAUCAUUUCCCACUUUAUCGUUAUAACAUUUCCAAGAGAGCCGCUCAGCACCUUGCACGUGAUGCCGAAGAUUACGUUGCUAAGAAGGGCGAGAACUCUCCGAUGAUCAUUGCUCCAAACCCACUUAUCCCAUACAUCACAAAAGUUGUUGCCGAAGCAAUGAUGAAGCUAAAGAAGGUUGAAGCCGAAGAGAACAGAAUUCAACCAAAGUUAAUCGACGUCAAGUUAGACCUUGAAAGACUUGCCAAACAGCUCCGUAAGGACCCAUCUCGCUUCACAAACGCAGAAGAAGAAUCCAAUCCAUGGGCUUCUAUCGCCAUUGCUGUUGGCAAGGAGAUCCUCAAGCAGGCCGCCAUCGAAGCUGCUAUCGAAGCCGGAAAGAAGAUGCUCGGAUUCCAGCAGAUGGAAGCAAACUAUGCAGAUGAUGACAAUGUAAUUCCACCAUUUGUUAUUCCAAUUGCUAAAGAGAUUGGAAAGCAAAUCCUCGUCAGUGGCGCAAUUGAUUCCAUUGUUAAAAUCGUCAAUGAUCAUUUGAAGUUGCAAGAAAGUGUCAACUCUGAUGAUGAAAACGUCAUUCCACCAUUCGUCAUCAAGGCCGCAACAGAAUUUGCUAAGCAAAUUGUUAUUGACACAGUUACAUCUGCUGUAACUGAUGCUCUCAAGAAACAAUUCCAUUUCCAGCAAUCCCAAGUUAACAGCUUAGAAGUUGAUGAUCCAGAAAAUGGCUGGGGCAAAGUUAUUGCUGAAAUCGCAAAGGAAGUUGGAAAGCAGGUCGCAAUUGACACAAUUUCAUCAGGAAUCCAGCAAUUCGUUCACGACAGAUUCGGCUGGCAAGAAGCUGAAACAAACGGAGUCAGAAUCCCAGAUGGUCUCAAGGAUGCAAUCAAAGAUGUUGUCAAGGAAGUUGUUGUCAAGACAGUCACAGAUUUCAUCAAUGGCGCACUCAAGCAAGUAACAGGAAACUCCGAUGUCGAGGAAGAAGAAGAUGGAAACUCUUGGGGCAAAGUCAUUGUUGAUGUCGCUAAGGAAGUCGCAAAGAAGGUCGCAAUUGAUUCCGCAGUUGAUUUCAUCGAGAAAUGGAGAAAGCAAACAUUUGGCUGGCAGGAGGCUGAAUCAAACGGACUUGGAAAGGCCUUGAGAAGAAGUGUCCGCAGAAUUCAACGCCUUCCACGUCGCCCAAUUAGACUCCCACAGUAUCCACGUCCAGUUUUCCUCUAA